AUGGGACCCAUAGCCUGUAGCCCACUUGUCGAUGGAUGCCCAGGUACCCCAACACCCGACACAGUCCUUGUUAACCCGGGUGACGACCGAGCUGCCAGUAACCAAAGCAGUGGUGGGUUGCAAGACCAGUUCGCAAGAACUGGUAGUAAAACUGGCGGAAGGCUCCGCCCACAGACCUGGACGUCAUCAGGAAACUUCUGCGCAUGCACGGAAGUGCGUGAGCAUGAGCGAAGCAAGCGCACAUGCGUGGCCCCAUUGCAAACCAGUAGUAAAGCCAGUGGUGAAAAUCAGCUGGUUCUAUCCAGCUUGAGCGAACCAGUAGCACUGGCAGCAGGAGGCUCCGCCCACCCACCUGGACAUCAUCACGUCCCAUUUUUGACCCUCUGUGCAUCCGCAGAAGGCUCUGUGCAUUCCUGGAGGAGGCACACACAAGCUCACAUUUGCAAACUGGUAGCGAAGUUUGCAGAUGACACAACAGUGAUUGGUCUCAUUCGAGACAACGAUGAAUCCGCAUACAGAUGGGAGGUUGAACAACUAGCCCCGUGGUGCGACUGGAACAAUCUGGAACUGAACACACUCAAAACCGUAGAAAUGGUGGUGGACUUUAAGAGAAACCCUUCCAUACUUCUCCCUCUCACAGUACUAGACAACACAGUAUCAACAGUAGAGACCUUCAAAUUUCUAGGUUGUACUAUAUCUCAAGACCUAAAAUGGACAGCUAACAUCAAAAACAUUAUCAAAUAAUCACAACAAAGAGUGUUCUUUCUGCACCAACUCAGAAAGCUCAAACUGCCCAAGGAGCUGCUGGUACAGUUCUACAGAGGAAUUAUUGAGUCUGUCAUCUGCACCUCUAUAACUGUCUGGUUUGAUUCUGCAACCCAACAAGACAGACACAGACUUCAGAGGAUAAUUAGAACUGCAGAAAAAACAAUUGCUACCAACCUGCCUUCCAUUGAGGACCUGUAUACUGCACGAGUCAAAAAGAGGGUUGUGUAAAUAUUUACAAAUCCCUCACAUCCUGGACAUAAACUGUUUCAAAUCCUACCCUCAAAACGAUGCUACAGAACACUGCACACCAGAACAGCUAGACAUAAGAACAUUUUUUUCCCAAAUGCCAACACUUUGCUAAACAAAUAAUUCCCUCAACACUGUCAAACUAUUUACUAAAUCUGCACUACUAUUAAUCUUCUCAUUGUUCCCAUCACCCAUCUCCUUCCACUUAUGACUGUAUGACUAACUUUGUUGCUUGUAUCCUUACAAUUUAUAUUUAUCUUGAUUGUUUCCUGAUUGCUUAUUUGUACCUAUGACUAUCAUUAAGUGUUGUACCUUAGAAUUCUUGAUGUAUCUUUUCUUUUAUGUACACUGAGAGCAUAUGCACCAAGACAAAUUCCUUGUGCAUCCAAUCAUACUUGGCCAAUAAAAAUUCUAUUCUAUUCUAUUCUAUUCUAUUCUAUUCUAUUCUAUUCUGUCCUUCCCCAAUCACAGUAAAGAAUUAACAACAAUUGACUUGUUUCAGCAUUAAAAGCUGUUCACCGCCACUAGAUGGUGCUCUUCUCUUACAUGCAAAGCAAUAGAAGUUCUGAUAUGUGGGGAUUGUCAACUCUAGUAUGUUACUUGCUCAUUGAAGCUUUGGCAGAUAAAAGGAAGUUAUAAAAUUUCUUAACAACAUUAACUUUUGAUAAAAUGUUCCAAUCUGAAACCUACCUUUAAUAUUCAAGGACUGUUUCUGCCUUUAUCAUGGCCCUGGUUUGCUGUGGCAAGCGUGUAACCAGUCAGAUUACCUGUGAAGCUGGUUCAUAAGCUUUUUUGAUCAAAGAUAAUGGUUUUAAUUUGGAAGGGUAAAAGAUUAUUUAUAAUAUGGAGGACUUUAUGCCAUGUAGUCUGGAGCUAUUUCCUGCUCUCAUUAAAUUUACUUUUCCACCUUUCAGGUAUAUAAAACUGUUAUUUUCCCAUUAGUGAAGAGGAAAUAGACAUUUGAACAGCAUGAGCCAAAAGCAACAAAAUAUUCUUGGCUUAGAAGUUUUUGUGGGAUGUAUAUGAAAAGUGCUCUGCUUUCUAUAGAAUUGAGAUUUUAUGAGGAGGCAGUUAAGUUUAGUGUAAAACAGAUAUGGUUCAAUCUAAACUGCCAACCUAGCAGUUUCGAAAGCACGUAAAAAUGCAAGUAGAAAAAAUAGGGACCACCUUUGGUGGGAAGGUAACAGAGUUCCGUGCACCUUUGGUGUUGAGUCAUGCCGGCCACAUGACCACAGAGACGUCUUCGGACAGCGCUGGCUCUUCGGCUUUGAAACAGAGAUGAGCACCGCCCCCUAGAGUCGGCAAUGACUAGCACAUAUGUGCGAUGGGAACCUUUACCUUUACCUUUAUACAGUUCUUAUACAUUUCAGAGAAUUGGCUUUAUUUAGCAUCAGAACAUAUUCUAAGUGGAAGGUCUUUAGAAGAAUACAUACACUGUUUGAUAGACUGACCAAAUGAGUCCCCCUUACUGUUCAUCUUACAUUUUUAUUAUUUGAAAUCAUAACAUGCACCUUGAUCUGUUUUGUUAAAAGUCAUAACUUGGGUUCUGAUUUCUCUCCUCAGUUACUAUUUUUUGGUAGAAACUUCUUUGCAGUUUGUUAUUCUGGGUCCUCAAGUUACCAAGCAUCAACCAGGAAUAAUUUGUUUUUGAGGAAUUAUUCAUCAUAUUCAUUGGGUUUGGUUCUGCAACCCAACAAGACAAACACAGACUUCAGAGGAUAAUUAGAACUGCAGAAAAAACAAUUGCUACCAACCUGCCUUCCAUUGAGGACCUGUAUACUGCACGAAUCAAAAAGAGGGCUGUGAAAAUAUUUACAGAUCCCUCACACCCUGGACAUAAACUAUUUCAACUCCUACCCUCAAAAUGAAGCUAUAUAGCACUGCACACCAAAACAACUAGACACAAGAACAAUUUUUUCCUGAACACCAUUACUCUGCUAAACAAAUAAUUCCCUCAAGAAUGUCAAACUAUUACUAAAUUUGCACUACUAUUAAUCUUCCCAUUGUUCCAAUCACCCAUCUCCUUCCACUUAUGACUGUAUGACUGUAACUUUGUUGCUUAUAUCCAUACAAUUUAUAUUUAUAUUGAUUGUUUCCUGAUUGCUUAUUUGUACCCUAUCACUAUCAUUAAGUGUUGUACCUUAGAAUUCUUGAUGAAUAUAUCUUUUCUUUUAUGUACACUGAGAGCAUAUACACCAAGACAAAUUCCUUGUGGUCCAAUCACACUUGCCAAUAAAAAAAAUUAUUUUAUUCUAUUCUAUUCUAUUAUAGCUUCAUUAUUAUAAUAUUUUCUGGUUUGUACAGAGAACAAAAACAAAUUUCAUUUUGCACCUCCCUGUUUCCUGAAGCCUGGACGCUUCUUCUGUCAGCAGAAAGACAGUUUUAAUCUAAGGAAAUCCAGUCAGAUUGGUUUAGACAGACUGAAUCUGGCCCGGAGAUUUAAAGCAUUUUGAAAAGGAGGGACCACACAUUAUCUUAU